AUGGACCCGGCGCAAGCGGCGGCGGCGGCGCAAGCGGCGGCGGCGGCACAAGCGGCGGCGGCGCAAGCGGCGGCGGCGCAAGCGGCGGCGGCGGCGAUGAACGGCGCACCACCCGGCGCACAACCUGGCGGCGGCGGCGGCGGCCCAGGCGGCAUUGACCCGGCGCUGGGACAAGUGAUGUGGGACAUGAUCAACAACCAAGUGGCGGCGGCAUUUGCGGCGCAGCCACCACCUGCUCCGGCGGCGGCGGCACUACCGCGGGCCAAGACACCCGUCCCUCCACUGUUCAACGGCCACAGAGACAAAGAAGACCAGACCGGAAGUGUCCGGAGCUAUGUCACGGCCAUACGCAACACGGCAUUGCUCAUUCCUGGCAUACAAGAUGCUGAGAUCAAGGAUCGCUUCAUUCGCGGCCUGAAGCAGAGGACCCAGCAGGAUGUCCGGAUGCGUGCACCAGCCACUUUCGAGGCUGCAGUCGAGAUGGCAGAGCGGUUUGAUGCCCUGAUGUAUGAUCGCUACAGGCAGUCCAAACCUUUUGGGCAGACCCCCGGGCCACAGCCAAUGGAACUGGGGGCGGUCAUGCACAACCGGCACAACCCUGCAAGCGGCAACCGCUGGGACAGGCAGCAGCCAUCCAGCUUCUCUCCAGGCAACAGGAGACAGCCAGAUCGGCCCAAGUUGACACCAGAGCUGAGACAGCAGCUGCUGCGAGAGGGCAAGUGCUUCUACUGCCGCAAGACCGGCCACAUGGCACUGCAGUGUCCGGAGCGGCGGCAGCAGGGCAACCCAGCCCGGCGGUGA